AUGACUACGCCUGAUUCGCGGGAUAGGAGGUAUUGCUGUUCGUCUGAGAUUGUAAUGUCUUGGGGGUUCGGAGCAUCAGCACCCGAGCAGGCUGAACAUUCGCAUGUAGCGCAGUCUAGAAUCUACCUACACUUCACCAUAGGUCUGUUUGUACAGUACCUGCUCCCUCGGAUUGAUUACCGCAUUUCUCAGCAAUGUAUAAUACUCGAGCUUUCGUCUGGCAGUAAUACGUGGUUUGGUGCAGGCACCCGUGGAGGCCGGUUCAUCCCGGUAGUAUGCAGUAUCGGUCAAGAAUUUUUCCCGAUACAUUGCGCCUAUCACCAUGGCUCCUGCAUAUCUACGUCCUUUGCAGUUGGCCGUCACCUACUCCUAGGGCUGCCAGUUGCAAAAUCAGGACACUCACCACUAUUGCGAUUAUCAAUCAGAACCAUGGCUCCACUCAAUGAAAUGUUGACGCAUGCCCUUCUCGACGAGGUUAACUCAUUCUGGUUUCGUCACAUGCCAGACCCCGACAGCAUCAUCGCCCCAGAUGUAGCAGAUGCGGGGCCGUGGUUUUCCGCCACUGAGGAUUUCGACAAGGAAUGCAUCGAGAAGUUUGGUCCAGUCCUGGAUACUAUCAAAACAACCAAACCGAGUGCUGAUGAGAUUCUCGCCACUGCAAAUCCUGCCACCGCUCUGCAUUGGAUGAGCUUGAUCAUUCUCUUGGACCAACUUCCUCGCAACUGCUAUAGAGGCCCUGGAGUUGGUAUUGCGUAUAGCUUCUUCGAUCCUCUCGCACUGGCUAUCUCGUUACAAGCAAUUGAACGCGGUAUACCAAACGAUCCAGCUGUUCGCUUCCGGCUCGCGUACAAGUUCUGGUUUUGCAUGCCAUUGGAGCAUUCGGAAGAGCUGAAGAUCCAGGAAAAGCUGAGCAAUGAGCACGCUAACAUGUGGGGGGAGAUUGACAACCUGAUCGAGAGUCCCGAGGGUGAAGCAAACAAAGAAUUGGCGCAAUAUUGUGCGGCGUUCAACAAGAGACGAGAGAGUUAUGAGAGGUUCAAGGGUACAAUACAGGGUAUUUGCGAUAGUCACAUGCACCAGAUCCGGUCUUUUGGCCGUUACCCUUAUCGCAACGAGCGGCUAGGUCGCGUUUCGACGAAGGAAGAGUUGGAGUAUCUCAACCAGAAGCCAUAG